AUGGCCACCAAAUCUUCUCAAUCAAAUGUCCCCUUCAAACCUGCAGCUACGCACGUCGAGGGGGCGGACAUUCCCACUAACACUGGGAAGAUCCACAAUGGAGACGCAGCCUUGGCUUUAUUCGAAAACUUGGAGGAUAUGCAUGAAACAUUCAAACCAGGAGAGGAGAAGAAACUGGUUCGCAAGAUUGAUCUGAUGAUCCUCCCCUUUCUAUCUGUUUGCUACGCAUUCUAUUAUAUUGACAAAACAACUCUGUCUUACGCUGCAAUCUUCGGCAUUGAGGACGAUUUGAACCUCUCUGGAACCGAGUAUUCAUGGCUGUCCAGUGCAUUCUACUUUGGCUUUCUGGUCUGGUCUCUUCCAACCAAUCUGCUCAUGCAACGCUUUCCAAUUGGCAAGUAUCUUGGAGUCAACAUUUUUGCCUGGGGAUUCUUUCUCAUGCUUCAGGCGGCUGCGAAGAAUUUCACACAGCUUGUAGUACUGCGUGUCAUAUCAGGGGCUGCCGAGGCCUGCAGUGAUCCCGCUUUUAUGCUUAUCACGAGCAUGUGGUAUACUCGGCGAGAACAGCCAAUUCGCAUCGGAUUAUGGUACACUGCCAAUGGCUUUGGGAUUGCCGUGGGUGGUCUUCUUGGUUACGGUAUCGGUCAGAUUAAUGGCGUUCUCUCAUCAUGGAAAUAUGAGUUCCUCAUAAUUGGCGCUCUGUGUGCGUGCUGGGGAAUCGUGAUGAUCACCUUCCUCCCUGACUCUCCAGUCACUGUCCCUCAAUUAUCCGACCGUGAGAAGCGGUUGGCUGUUGAGCGGUUGCGUGAUAACCAAACUGGUAUCGAAAACAAGAAUAUCAAGCCGCGGCAGAUCCUCGAGGCUGUUACAGAUUGGAAGGUGUGGGUGUUUUUUCUACUGGGAUUCUCGGGUAACAUUCCCAAUGGUGGAAUUUCCAACUUUGGAACCCUGAUCAUCAAAGGAUUUGGGUUUUCAACUCUGGUUACUACACUGAUGCAGAUUCCAUAUGGCGCAUUCAUCUCAUUGAUGAUCCUUCUUGCGGUCUUCGUGAAUGAUCGCCUCCCUCGCAACAACCGAUGUAUCGUGGCUAUUGUGUUUUUGCUUCCAAACCUGGCAGGUUCUUUUGGUCUGCAUUACGUCCCCCAAUCAAACCAAGUAGGGCGCUUGAUUUGCUAUUACUUGACGGGCUCUUACAAUGCAUCCUUUGUGAUCAUUCUUUCCAUCCUAACUGGCAACAUCGCUGGUCACACAAAGAAGGUUAUCACGAAUGCGAUGAUCUUCCUGGGUGUGUGCGCGGGAAACAUUGCCGGCCCAUUCUUCUACAAAUCGGAUCAAGCACCCGUGUAUUCACUCGGCAUCUGGUCCAUGAUAGUGGCCAACUUUGUUGAAAUUGCUCUGAUCGUGGUGCUCGGAUUUGCACUUGCGUGGGAGAAUCGACGACGUGACCGGAUGCAGGGUGUUGCUCCUGGCGAUGAUGCGGACUAUAUGCGACAGCUUGAGCUGGAUCGAUCUGCGUUCAGUGACUUGACAGAUAAGGAGAACAUGAAUUUUCGAUAUCUAUACUGA